GUUGCUUUAUAUAUGAAAUAUGAUGUCUCAUCCUAAGUUAGGAACACAAAUAAUGGCACCCCAUGUUCUUUAAUUUAAAGUAUUCCUUCUUUUUUCCCUUUAAUUGGGUGUUUCAAGCCUUCUUUAACCAUUUAUAUAUAUAUAGACACAUCCUGUUGUAGAGGAGAUGACAUUAUUUCUUGACUGACAUGAUGAAACAGCAGCAGAAGCAGCAGCAGCAGCAGCAGGCAUGAGAGGGUGCCAUGAUACUCGUUCUUCUUCUUCUUGUGCAGCCUGCAAAUUGCUGAAAAGAAGGUGCACGCCCACUUGCAUAUUUGCGCCUUAUUUUAGGUCUGAUGAGCCGAAGAAAUUUGCCAAGGUUCACAAAGUGUUUGGGGCGAGUAAUGUGAGCAAGAUUCUGACGGAGGUGCCUGAGGAGCAGAGAGAGGACACUGUGAACUCUUUGGCUUAUGAGGCGGAGGCUAGGCUGAGAGAUCCUGUUUAUGGAUGCAUCGGUGCCAUAGCUUUGUUGCAGACUAAAAUGGCGGAGCUUCAACAUGAUCUUGCUCUUGCCAAAGCUCGCCUAGCUCGUUAUGCUGCUGCUAAUAAUAAUAAUACUUCUUCUACUUCUUUGGGUGUUCUGGAAAAUUGUGUUGUUAAUAUGUCUUAUGGUGGAUUGAGUUUCUCUGGGCAGAGUUCUGAUGAUAUCUCCCAAUAUGGUUUUUUAUGUGACUUUACCCAUUUUCCAUAUCCAUUUCAAGCUUGAAACUUUGAGCUCU